ACUCACUUCACACUGACUCCACUCUUCGUCAAACACAGUGUCUGCAAGACUCGGGAUUUGCAAAACUGGUCAUUAGUGAAGGGAUUCAUAUGAAAAUGAGUGCACUUUUGGUGAGUCGUGUCAAUACAUGAUAGUUGAGUGAACAGUGAGUCCAUUAUUAUCCACACAUUUGAUGCAACACUUGCUCUAAUUGAGUGCAAAGAUGUCGAAACUAUCGGUUGGGAUCAAUGUUGACAUUCAGAGGACUAAUGGUCGCAUCCACUCCGCGGUCAUCAGUCAUAUCGAUUGGAAGAGUCGGAGUGUGACAGUCGAGUGGUCGGAAUCGGAUGAGAUAAAGGGCAAAGAGGUUACCAUUGAUUAUCUUGCGNUAACAUAUUGGCCACCAUUUGGUGCAAUGAUAGGUCGCAUCCACUCCGCGGUCAUCAGUCAUAUUGAUUGGAAGAGUCGGAGUGUGACAGUCGAGUGGUCGGAAUCGGAUGAGAUAAAGGGCAAAGAGCCGUUCCGUUCCGAUGACAUCGAAGACGAUUACGAACUCAUUUCUGACACUCAAAUACAAGACUUCUCCAAAGGGUCACAGAAUAGACGACACAAAAACUAA